CUUAAGAAACCGCUGCCGCGCCGGGCGAUCAUCACGAGGAGAAGCCGGGAAGAAUAAUUCCGGGCCGUGUUUUGUUCUGUGCCUUCCGCACCUGGAGGGGUCGGGGAUGGAGGCGAGAGAAUAUUCGCGUCGAAUCUCAGAAGGCUGCUUGCAUAUACGAGAGUCGACGAGGCUUUGGCAUGCGGAGCUCAUCGUGUGAAGGGUGGGGUUCUCUAGAACUGUGUGGGUCGUCCGUUCGUUCACUCAUUGAUUCAUGAGCAGAUUAGCGAUCGCUCGGGAGUGGCUCAGACCAUUGUGGUUUGGACGGACGGCCGGCGGAAUUUGGGAUCUUGAGGCGUGAGCGGAGAUCGCCCGAUCACUCUGAUUGAUUGAUUGAUCGUUCGUUUCGUGGAGAACAGGUCCCAGAAACCAAAUCCGUGCAGUCUUUGCAAUAUUACAACAGGUUUAAUCAUUACUCGGCAUACAGGAAAUCCACUACGAUAGUACGUCGGAGUGAUGUAUGUGCAAGGGAUGUGAGAUUUGGAGAGGUCCACUUCGGUCACCUUAAGAGGCAUGCGAUGGGAUAGUGAUAUUUAUCGAAUAGGGUUGACAUGCUACCGGGAGGACUCAAAUGUUCAUGAGAUGGAGUCGAUACGUGGAGCAUGAUUGCAUGGUAAGUGAGCUUAGGGCAAGGUUUACAUACAGAUUAUACUACGCUACAGACUUGCAGUGAUGCUGGCCAGGAGAGUGUGGUCUACACACAGUAGCCUGGUGAUCACUGAUCUCCAAUAGAUUGUAGGAUUUGGUCAAAUACCAGUACCAAAUUGCCGUCGAGCGUACCAUGAUUACGAACUGUUUCUUUCUGCUCAAGGUAGGUUAUUCAUUUAUUGGGAAUGAGUGAAUUGAGAUUCAGAUGCAUCUUCAUCUGUGCGAGAAGAGGCACGUCCCCUCGUCCCAAUGCAGGUAUUAUUUUUGAGGUCUGGUUGCGUCUACUGUUCGAUCCUUGCGAACUGAAGGAGAAGAGGAAGAGAGAACGGGCGAGAGGAUCGAGGAUGCAGAAGGGAUGAUACCUAGUAGCGUCGCGGGUCUCUAAGAUCAUUAUCGCGAAAUUCGUUAGAAAAGCCAAGAGCGGUGGGACCCGGAGCUCUAUCCAAAGUUUUGCGGGUGGGGCUUUCCUCACUGGUCUCUGAUCCGCGGCCCAGAUUGGUUGAGUUUCCACCGACUGACUUGACGUAAUAACACCAUUCAAUCACUAACGAGAAUGAAGUAAGCACCGCUCUGCAUUUGUGCAUAUGCAGUUUUCGAGAAACCGUGGGUUUGAAUGUGCGAGCCUGCCAUUGAGCUCCUUGGAAUCUAAAAAAGCAGCUUGCUCGUCUUGCCCAUCCACCUGUUAACGGGGAAAUCAUUACAACAGUUGGGUAAAACUUAUACAAGCGAAGAAGAUUCGAGCUCAAACCACACGGUUAAUGAGCGCAAUGGCAUGACAAUCUUACCACAGCAUGAAGGUGACACGCAGGUGACAUCAACAACACCACCAGUCUUCAAUGAAACCAUCAGUCGCCCAGUCGAUCACAGUGGACUCUCGCUCAUUGUUAGAUACUCUUCCUCGGGAAUGCAAAUACCCUUAGUGGCAGAGGAUAUAAUCAUCACGGAGAGAGAAAGAGAAACGCAAGGGGCAAAAGAACUGUUGUCAGGAACCUUGAAACCCUGAACCUUGUGCUGACUUUACUAUAUGCUCGUGAUCUCUCUGUGAUGGUACACGUGUCUGUCUGUGAGAAGCCACGUGGAGAAACUGUUUUGAAUGGAGGUCUUACUGAAAAGCAGCGAGGCCAGAUCAUGACCAGCUAGCUUCAUAAGACAUGCUUCAUAAAUCCUGUGGUGCAAAGUUUCUCCGAUUAAAAUUGACUUUCGCUCGUAUGGGCACACUUUUGGAACCCUGGCAUACGAAAAUUGUACUACGUUAUGGAAAGAGUGUAAUUUACUCCUACUUACAGUUAACUCAGUCAACGAUCGCGCAUUACGUCAAGCUCUGACUGAAGUGGUGCAAGUCUCCAUCUGCAUGCCAUAAGGAAGAAAGAAUCCACGUUUUAUGUUUCGCCGUUUACUUCUGCCAAUUGGAACAAGUCAGACCUGUGAAAGCUGCUCGACAAUUACGGUUCAACCUUCGAAUACAACGGUAGAGGAAGGAAAGGUUGGCGAGACGUGAAGUAGGUGAAACAAUAGACGGAUAUAAAAAAAUAUCCAGAUCGAACAGAGAACAAGGGUUGUGUGGAACAUGUGUCCGAUUGAAGUACAGAUGUGGAGGUUUCCGUGGUGCAAGCUGUGUUGCAAGCUGACUUGUGUUUACCUG